GCCACCUUCCGCCAGUGAAAACAACGAGCCAAGUGAUACCAUAUGUAUAUCCUCCAUGUCUCGUACUGCAGCACGAGGCUAGACAUUCUCGCUCAGCCCUCUGACAUCGCCCACAAUGACCACAACAGCGCUCGUCACCCGCUACAAACUCGUCUUCUUCACCCCUCCGCAAUCCCUCGCGGCCAUCAAAACCGCCGUCUUCGCCACGGGCGCGGGGACACAAGGCAAAUACACCGAGUGCUGCUUCACCACCCCCGGCGUGGGUCAGUUCCGACCCGGCGAUGGUGCCAAGCCCGCCAUCGGGAUGGUAGGGAAAGUAGAGGAGGUCGGAGAAGUUCGGUGUGAGAUGCUGUGUGCAGGUGAAGGUGUGGCCAAGGCUGCAGUCGAGGCUUUGAGGAAAGCGCACCCGUACGAGGAGCCGGCAUACGAAGUUUACAAGCUCGAGGCCUUCUAA